GUCGCCCAAUGCGACGGCGCCGCUUUGCCAACAACGGGUUCCCGGAUAUCUCGCGUGUUCAAUCCGCCAGCUCGCCUCACAUGUGUCAAACCCAACACAGACGCUCGGUGUUUGUCUCGCCUCCGACACGGGAGCGGGUUUUCGCGAGGCAACCGACGACGGCUUAAACACACGGGGGAGGGGGAAAGGGGGGGGGAGAGACUAGUAAACGACCAAAAGGGAAAGAAGACAAAAACAAAACGCCUUUUUCCACUGGAAGCACGCGAUUCUCAAGGGACCAUCUGUUUUAACAUGGCGGAGGGAGGCUACGACCCUUGCGAGUGCAUCUGCUCCCAUGAGUAUGCCAUGAGGAGACUCAUAAACCUGCUCAGGCAAUCCCAGUCCUACUGUACGGAUACAGAGUGCCUUCAGGAAAUUCCCGGUCCCAGUGGACUAGCUGAAGGAGACGGAGACCUGACCCUCCCCAUGGUUCUGAUGGGCUGGAUGGUGUUGGCCCUGCUCCUCUUCCUGUUCCGUCCACCUGGCCUUAGGGGUCCACGUCCCACAGGCAAACCUACUGGCCCUCACAAUAGCCAUAACCAAGAGCCCCCGGCACCACCUGUUGACUAGCAGUGGAGCCAGAGAACAAGUGCUCAACCCCUCCAUCUUGACUGCACCAACAGCUAGCUACUACGACCAAGACUGUCAAAAUCUGUCAGCGUUCAUUUAAAUUGUCUCUUGCUCUUUCCUUUUUCUAAUCCCUGGUUAUUGUGGGUGGGGCGUUGGGAUCCGCUGCUGCUCUGUUGGACCCGUCUGUUAAUUGUCACUCAAGUUACACUUGUUAAAUCGAAAGGAAUGAAAUUAUUUCUCUCGACCUGUCACAUUUAUCCCACCCGACGCCGGCGAAGGUUUUUACUGAUGAGAUUUGAACAUGAAGUCAAAAUGAAGGAAUAACAUCACAUGGGGUGAAAGAUGAGGAGACUACCGUUUCCAUUUUUGGGCAAUUAGAUUGUUGUUUCAGCGCAUGCUCAACAGUAGGGGAUCAGGGUUCUUCAACGUAUACCAGAUACAUUCCCCUUUUUGAAGUCACGCCACUCAUUAGUGCCUGUUACGAUUUCAUACGAGACAAUAUUGCAAUUGUUUAUCUAAAAUAGUGCCAUAUUUGAAUUGUAUACUUAAUUUUUUUUUUUUUUACCCCAGCAUAUGGAAUUGAACAUAAAGGAGUGUGUUUUUGUGCAGAUUGCAACUAGGUGAACGAUAAACGGGGGUCCAAGAAAAUUAUGGUUACUCAAAAGCGGUCCUAGAGUUCUUCAUGGUAACCCUGCGUAGGUAGGCCUGCCUGUAGUUACUCAACCAGUCAGCACUUAUGUCAGAUUUGGCACAUUGGACAUAAUUAAGUGCUUUGAUAUGAUUGGUUGAGUAACUAUGAGCAGGCCUUACCUAUGAAUAAUUCAAACUAUGGGUAAAAUGGAGUACUUGCUUGAGAGUCAUUUGGGACAGUAAAUUUGGAAUAAGUAAAUGAGUACUAUCAGUGGAUUAUUAUGGUAAAACUAUCAUUGCUUGAUACUUAAUAUAUAGAAUGGGUUCAAAAUUCUUGGCUGGAACAUUUACAAUGUAGAAAUUAUACUUGACACAAAUUUUACUUUUGUAAUAUACUCACUCUCUCGCUCGCUCGCUCUCGCUAUUUCUCCCCUCUCUCGCGCUCUAUAUAUAUAUAUAUGUGUGUAUAUUGUAUAUAUAUGCACAAUGUGUGUAUAUAUAUAUAUAUAAUCAGUAAAAUGGAAAAAACUAGCAGUAAUAAAUGUAUAGAGACACUGUCUACUUAGUAGCUAAAUGUAAGAUUUAGUCAUUUUUGUCAUGGUAUGUUAAUUCCUUUGGCUGAUGUGUUGUCCUGAUUGUAUGUUUUUGAUGAUCUUGAGACUAGGACUGAUGUGGUUUGGCAUUACAUUUAUAGAUCCCAUUUCCUACUUGAAAGCUGAAUAUAGUAUGCUGGAAUAGUAAAUAUGACAGGGAUUUGAAAAGAAAAAUUGUCUUGGAACUUUGUACCAGUCCAUGUGUGACACUAAAACUUGAGAUGAAAUCUGAAGAGGAGGGGGGGGGGGAAAUUUGGCUGGUGUGGUGAGAAGAUCAGGUCGUUUCCAAGCUGUGAUCCUAAUGAGAGGGGAGCUAUGAAAGAUUGCACAGUUGAAAUCUUCUCUCUGAUCCACUUGUUGGCCAGCUUUGUUUCUAGUAUGGGGACAGGUUGCGUGCCAGGACUUAGUCAUUACUGACUUCACCUAAUGUACCGUUAAGCAAAAUCAGUCAUUCAUUUUUCACGCAGGUAGAGAUUUGUAGAACUCUGAGCCCAUUUCAAAUGUAUUUGUAGAUGUAUUUUGGAGGGGGUCAUACUCUGAUCUUGGAACGCUCUUCUUGUCUUUGCUAUGGGAAUGUGGCCAUGAAUCAAGUGAAACAUUCCAGGUCGGAGAAAAGAUUUGUCCUUAACAUCAGGUUGCUCUGUGCGAAAGACGUAACAUUUGCAAGCCUAUGGGAAUGGUCUAAAUCAGGUGCCAUGAAAGUUCAUUAGCCACUUAAAAAAAAAAAAAGUUUGGGAGUUUGUUGCAAUAAUCUAUAGUAGAUGUAUUUCCUUGGUGAGUCAGGCUACAUUUAAAUUCCCUAAACUACUCCUCUCCUGUUGAUUUCUCUCAGCUUUGUCAGUAAACCUCUGCUGUGGGGUAAGAGGGAAGGGACACGGCCAAAUAUAAAAGGAAACCGUCGUUAAAUUGUUGACAUGAACACGAUAUACAUGGACUUUUAUCUGAUCACACAGGAGGCCUCAGUUAACACUGUAAUUACUAAUCCAAGAUAAAGGGCUCCAACUAUGCACUUUUGCUAACAAAACAAAUAAAAGUUAAACAGAC